AUGGCAAUCAAGAUGAAUAGCUUGUCAAACAUUCAUCAGAAAUCCUGCAGAUUUCAACGGAUUGUUAUUGCAAUAUUUACUCUAUCAGCCAUUGGUUUUACAACUCAAAGCCCAGCUCAAAUGGCAACAAACACUCAAGCUCCAGUUGCUAGGCCCAAGCCUGUAUUGGGAUGGAACUCUAUAGGACCUCUUGGUUGUACAGGCAUAACUGCUGAAAAACUUAGGUGGCAAGCAGACUUAAUGGCUGAGAAGGGUUUAAUAAAAGCUGGAUAUACAACUUUUGUCAUUGAAUGUGGAUGGGAAGAGGAUUAUGGGAAUUAUCCAUUGGUAUUAUAUGAUGGUGUUAUGGGGCAAGAUUAUCAUUCUUUCCGCGACGACUUUAGAAGAAGAGGACUUGGACUGGGUUUUGGUACCUGGGGAGGGCCACAACUAUGCCCACGAACUGAAGAGGAGGCAAAGAUUUAUGCCAAACCUAAAACAGACCUUGACGGAUAUGUGUUUGCUUUGAAUGAACUUGGUGCAACCUAUCUAUCACACAGGCCGUGUGACUGGGGAUUUCCACAAGUAUUGCAAUCAGAUAUGGCAGUUGAAUUGAAUUCGCGAUAUGUCCAAAUGGAAAGCGCAAUAAGCAAUCGUGGUUAUCAGAAUAAAAUGUUUUAUGCCACUGGGCAAUGGGGUGCUUCUCCAUCAGCCGUCAAUACCAAGGCCAAUAGUUGGAGAAUAGCUGAUGACACCUUAGAUAGCUGGAACUCUUUUAUUAGAACAUUGAACACACUUUACCCAUAUUCUAUUGCAAACAGGGGGCCAUACAAUGACCUUGGAUUUCUUCAACUGGGUGAAAAUAGACUAACAAUGGCCGAGAAGAGAACACAAUUUUGCUUUUGGGCUGCAGCAAAAUCGCCCCUAAUUUUUUCGACUGAUGUGUCCCGCCUCCAUCCGGAUGAAAUUGAACUGCUUACAAAUCCACGGGCUAUUGCCGUAAAUCAAGAUGCACUGGGCCAAAGUAUCACCCUAAAGCACCGGUACCCUGAUAUGGAUAUAUGGAGCGGACCUCUCAGUGAUGGUAGCACAGUUGCAGUCAUCAUAAAUUGGUCAGAUGAUAGCUCACAAAAAAACAUAAAUCUUGAAGAUUUGGGGUUUUCAUCCGCACAUGUGUAUGAGGUACUUAGUGGAAAGGAUUUAGGAGUAGUUUCAACAACCUAUGUUUCCACAAUUGAGAAGCACGGAAGCUUGUUCCUCAAGUUCACCAAAACCAAGCCAGCUCGCCAGCGAACUUUCCAGCGCUUCCCUGUCGAAGUUGCUGAAAUCACGGGUUCUGCAAUUCUGAAACUAACUUCCCAAGGUGUUAAAGUAGCAGGAAACCUCAAGGCUGAUGGAGAAACUGGGGUGCGCUGGAAGAACAUACCUGGUUCAAGAAAUGGCAAUACUGUAGUCAGCUUUGAUUACGUAAAUGCAGAUUUGGCCAUCGGAAAUAUGGAUGAUACAAAAUUAAACUUCAAGCGCACAGCUAUCAUUAUAAACGAGAGUACAAAAUAUGAUGUGGAUUUUCCUAUCACUGGAUUGACUUGGGACAAUAUGAUUCAAGGAUUUCUCGUCUCACUUCCGCUAAAACCUGGGUACAAUACAAUUCGCAUUCAGGCAGAAGGUGAUUGGGCCCCGGACUUUCAUUGCUUAUCUGUCGAGCAAAGAGCCCAGCAAUACUUUUGA